AUGGUGGUAGAUGAGAACUAUAGCUGUAUGGGCCCCUCUGCUGUGUGUAAACCCAUGCUGGGAGUGGGCGGUGUUGUACAUGCUGCUGGCUUGCUCCUGUGGUGUGAUGAGCAGUGCUCAAGACCUAUUGGUCUUCCUGGGAACCAGAUCACCCAGACCAAGAUCACCCAGACCAAGAUCAUUCAGACCAAGAUCACACAGACCAAGAUCACACAGACCAAGAUCAUCCAGACCAAGAUCAUCCAGACCAAGAUCAUCCAGACCAAGAUCACCCAGACCAAGAUCACCCAGACCAAGAUCACCCAGACCAAGAUCAUACAGACCAAGAUCACCCAGACCAAGAUCACCCAGACCAAGAUCAUCAAGACCAAGAUCACCCAGACCAAGUUCACCCAGACCAAGAUCACCCAGACCAAGAUCACCCAGACCAAGAUCAUCCAGACCUCGAUCACCCAGACCAAGAUCACCCAGACCAAGAUCAUCCAGACCAAGAUCAUCCAGACCAAGAUCAUCCAGACCAAGAUCACCCAGACCAAGAUCACCCAGACCAAGAUCACCCAGACCAAGAUCAUACAGACCAAGAUCACCCAGACCAAGAUCACCCAGACCAAGAUCACCCAGACCAAGAUCACCCAGACCAAGAUCACCCAGACCAAGAUCAUCCAGACCAAGAUCACCCAGACCAAGAUCAUCAAGACCAAGAUCACCCAGACCAAGAUCAUCGAGACCAAGAUCACCCAGACCAUGAUCAUACAAACCAAGAUCACCCAGACCAAGAUCACCCAGACCAAGAUCAUCCAGACCAAGAUCACCCAGACCAAGAUCAUACAGACCAAGAUCACCCAGACCAAGAUCACCCAGACCAAGAUCACCCAGACCAAGAUCACCCAGACCAAGAUCAUCCAGACCAAGAUCACCCAGACCAAGAUCACCCAGACCAAGAUCAUCCAGACCAAGAUCAUCCAGACCAAGAUCAUCCAGACCAAGAUCACCCAGACCAAGAUCACCCAGACCAAGAUCACCCAGACCAAGAUCACCCAGACCAAGAUCACCCAGACCAAGAUCACCCAGACCAAGAUCAUCCAGACCAAGAUCACCCAGACCAAGAUCACCCAGACCAAGAUCACCCAGACCAAGAUCACCCAGACCAAGAUCAUCCAGACCAAGAUCACCCAGACCAAGAUCACCCAGACCAAGAUCAUCCAGACCAAGAUCAUCCAGACCAAGAUCAUCCAGACCAAGAUCACCCAGACCAAGAUCACCCAGACCAAGAUCACCCAGACCAAGAUCAUACAGACCAAGAUCACCCAGACCAAGAUCACCCAGACCAAGAUCAUACAGACCAAGAUCACCCAGACCAAGAUCAUCCAGACCAAGAUCACCCAGACCAAGAUCACCCAGACCAAGAUCAUCCAGACCAGACCAAGAUCACCCAGACCAAGAUCAUCCAGACCAAGAUCCAGACCAAGAUCAUCCAGACCAAGAUCACCCAGACCAAGAUCACCCAGACCAAGAUCACCCAGACCAAGAUCAUACAGACCAAGAUCACCCAGACCAAGAUCACCCAGACCAAGAUCACCCAGACCAAGAUCACCCAGACCAAGAUCACCCAGACCAAGAUCAUCCAGACCAAGAUCACCCAGACCAAGAUCAUCAAGACCAAGAUCACCCAGACCAAGAUCAUCGAGACCAAGAUCACCCAGACCAUGA